GCUCAAAUAAAAAAAACCUUGUAGAGAAUUAUCUGUUGACCUCAAACUAUUACUUCCGUACUGAGUCGCCUUCCGGCUGCCGCCAUUCUGUGUGGAGGCGUCUGGAACCGCUGCUGAUUGGCCAAUAGGGAGGGGUUCGGUGGUUGUGGUUGGUUAACGAGAAAGGGCCUUUGCUCAGUGAGUGGUUGAUGUGGAAGGGACAGAGCGCGCGCUGAGCAAGUUUUGAAAGUGGACCUGAAGACUGCUCAUCCUAAGGGGACUAUGGCGCUGCGACCAAGCCUCGGGAACUGCUUCGGGCGCUGGUGCCCCUCCGACCUCAGCCUAGCAUGGGUGGAUACAAUCUGGGAAUUGGAUUUCAUGGAGACCGAACCUUUGGAUCCCAUCAUAGAAGCACAGAUCACAGAGGAUGGACUAUAUGCAUUCACUGAACUCUAUGAGAGCCUUUUUCCUUUUGCUACUCCAGAACAUGGAACCACAGAGAGUAUUUGGACCAUCUUUAAAGAGAACAAUAUUUCUCACAAUGCACUUGUGGCCCUUUUCUAUCACUUUGUUGAAAUUGUCCAUAAGAAAAAUGCCACCGUGCAAAAUCGAGAAUAUGGUCUGCAUGCUGCUGGGCUUUACUUUUUAUUGCUUGAAAUCCCAGGUAGUAUAGCGAAUCAAGUGUUCCAUCCAGUGAUGUUUGACAAAUGCCUUCAGAUUCUGAAAAAGAGCUGGCCUCAAGAAUCUAACUUGAGUAGGAAAAGAAAAAAAGAAUGUUCCAAGAGUUCUCAUGGUGAUUCCAGAGGUAAUAGAAAGAGAGGAAAACCCCCUAGAAAAGAAGAUUUUGAGAUGGAUGAAAUCUUAGAAGAAGAGGAUGAUGAAGAUGAUAUUUGUUUUUCUUCACGUGACCUUUCUCAAAUUCGGGAUGCCAUCUUUUUCCUUCUGAAGAAUCUGUUAAGAUUUUUCCCCAAGUUCCCCCUUAAAGAAAAGCCACAGUGUGUGCAGAAUUGUAUACAGAUCUUAGUUGGAUUAACUAGUUUUGAACCAGUUCUUCAUGGAUUUCACACUUUAGAAGCCAGAAACAUUAACCAAGCAAAAUACAUACCAGAAUUGGCCUAUCAUGGGUUGCGUUUGCUGUGUUCCUCAAUUCAUGGGGAAGGGGAUAAGGUCAUUGCUUGGCUCUUCCAUCGAUUGCUAAAUGUGAUACUCAUGUAUGAAGCAGGAGAGGGAUCCCACCGUGCACCCCUUAGUAUCACUGCACAAGUUAUCAAUGCCAGAAAUUAUGCAAUCCAGUUUAUCAGUUUGCUAGUGGAUGAACUGAAGGAAGCUAUAUUUCCUGUUCUUCGUAUCUUACUGCAACAUAUCUGUGCCAAGGUUCUAGAUAAAUCAGACUAUCGGACCUAUGCAGCUCAGGCCCUGGCACAGUUGCUGAAUAAAUUCUCUGCUGUAGAGUAUGCCGCAUUCAUUGACUGGCUUUACAAAUAUUCUCGAAGUUCAAAGAUCUCACACAGAGUAUUUACUCUUGAUGUAGUCCUGGCUCUCUUGGAAUAUCCUGAAAGAGAACUGGACAGUUCCCUUUCCCUUGAUCAGGAGAAGUUUUUAAAGCAUAAAUUUUUAUUGCAAGAACUGAUGUUUGGACGUUGCUCAGACAAGGCAUCUACCGUCCGUAGCAAGGCUCUUUCAAGUUUUGUUCACUGUCUGGAGAUGUCAACUACUGUUAACCUUAAUAACAUACUGGACCUUUUUCAAGCCUCAAGUUAUGCUGCUUCAGAAGUGAAUAGUUGUCCAACUACUUUAUCGGGAAGCACAGAAGUUCCUUCUAACUGUUCAAGAAAAACACUUAGUACUUUUAAAACCAUAGAUGUAACAGAUACUGUCAGUAGUGGUGAAAAAAUUGGAUUUGAUGGAAAUGAUAUUCUGACCAUGCUGAGACAGAGAAUUGAUGAUGAGAAGACCAAUGUCAGAAAAUCUGCCCUCCAGGUGUUGGUUAGUAUUAUGAAACACAAUCAGAUCCCAUGCACCAAAGAAGACCUCUCAAUUCUGCAGGAUCGGUGUCGGGAUCCUGCAGUUUCUGUUAGGAAGCAAGCACUACAAUCUAUUACUGACCUUCUUAUGGCUCAACACGGAAGUGUAUUGAUACAGAAAGCCUGGCUGACAGGAAUCAUCCCAGUUGUGAUGGACACUGAGAGCUCUGUGCAAGAGAAGGCUCUGGAGUGUUUUGACCAACUUGUGUUGCAACACAUUAAGCACUAUAGUAAAUUCCAUUGUGAAGACAGCAACCAAAUGUUAGCAUGGGAUCUCCUUACUCUUCUCACUUCAGACAGCCAGGAACUAAGCCGUUAUUUAAAUAAGGCUUUUCACAUGAUGUCUAAGAAAGAUAAGUUCUCAUCUACUUUUAUAAAUAAUGUGAUAUCCCAUACUGAAACGGAACACUCAGCACCUGCCUGGAUGUUGCUCUCAAAGGUUGCCUGCUCAUCACCUAAACUGGAUUACACCAAAAUAAUUGAAUCCUGGGAGAGAAUCAGUGGGCAACAGAAUACCAGUCCUGAUACUCUAGGACAUAUUCUGGGUGUGAUUGGUCAUAUUGCAAAGCACCUCCCUAGGAGAAGUCAGAAAGACCUGACUGAUAUUGUCAAAUGUAAACUGAAAGAGUUUCUGUGGCCUCCAGAGGUGAUUAGUUCAGCUGUUGAUGUUCUGCAAAAACUCUGUCUUGCAUUUGUAGAGACAACUGAGGAGGAGCAGGAAUUACUGAACCAGGUAUGUGUUGAUAUCCUCUCCACAUGUGAGGACUACAUUUCUAAAGUUGUUUUUAAAGAAGGUGGAACAGAAAAUAUGGAAGAAGACUUGUUGGUGAGACAUAUCUUUACCUUAGGAGAGGUGGCCCAGCUAUGUCCAGCCAAAGUGGGGAAAAGAAUCUUCCUUCUAAUUCAGUCUAUCCUGGCUUCUGUUGAUGAAGACCACCAGCCUUCAUGUCAAGAUAAUUGUAAUCUUCCAGCUUCUCAACUACUGUCCCAAUUCAGAGGUUCUGUCAUGCCUCCACUGAUAAGAGCCCACACGGUCAUUACCCUAGGCAAAUUAUGUUUACAGCAUGAAGAUCUUGCAAAGAAGUGCAUUCCAGCCCUGGUGCGUGAGCUGGAGGUGUGUGAGGAAGUGGCUGUCCGUAACAAUGUGAUUAUUGUUCUGUGUGAUCUGUGUAUUCGCUACACAGUCAUGGUGGACAGAUACAUUCCCAAUAUCUCUGUGUGUCUGAAGGAUUCAGAUCCUUUUAUCCGAAAGCAGACUCUUAUUUUGCUGACCAACCUCUUACAGGAAGAAUUUGUGAAAUGGAAGGGAUCACUGUUCUUUCGAUUUGUAAGUUCUCUAGUGGAUGAACAUCCAGAAAUUUCCAGUUUUGGAGAAUUCUGUCUGGUUCACCUUUUACUGAAGAGGAACCCUGUCAUGUUUUUCCAGCAUUUCAUUGAGUGCAUUUUCCACUUCAAUAGCUAUGAGAAGCAUGAGAAAUACAACAAAUUUCCCCAGUCAGAGAGAGAAAAACAGCUCUUUUCAUUGAAGGGAAAGCCUAACAAAGAGAAACGCAUGCGGAUAUACAAGUUUCUACUAGAGCACUUCACAGAUGAGCAGAGAUUCAACAUCACUUCAAAAAUCAGCCUGAAUAUUUUGGCUUGCUUCGUGGAUGGCAUCCUACCCUUGGAUAUGGAAGCCAAUGAUCUGCUUUCAGAUACAUUUGAAGUUCUGAGUUCAAAGGAGAUCAAACUGUUGGCAAUGAGAUCCAAACCAGAUAAAGACUUACAGAUAGAAGAUGAUGAACUGGCCAUGGCUAAUGCAGUCAUGCAGGAAGCACAGAAAAAACUAAUUUCUCAAGUUCAGAAAAGGAAUUUCAUAGAAAAUGUUAUUCCAAUCAUAACUUCCUUGAAGUCAAUGCUGGAACAGAGUAAGAUUCCAGCUUUGAGGGACCUCAUGAACUAUCUCAGGGAAGUGAUGCAAGAUUAUCGAGAUGAAAUCAAGGAUUUUUUUGCAGUGGAUAAACAACUGGCUUCAGAACUUGAGUAUGACAUGAAGAAAUAUGAAGAGCAACUGGCAAGGGAGCAAGAGCUAGCCGAACAAAGGAAUACAGAAAGAAUGACCGAGAUCUCAGGCACCCUAGCAAUAGCACAGUUUUCCUUCUGCCACUCAGAUUUUUUUAAAAAAUGGUUUUUUUUCCAUCGAUUGGGGAAUGGCUGAAUAAAUUAUGGUAUCUGAUGGUGAUGGAAUACUAUUGUGCUGAAAGAAAUAAUGAACUGGAGGAAUUCCAUGUGAACUGGAAAGACCUCCAGGAAUUGAUGCAGAGCGAAAGGAGCAGAACAGGAGAACAUUGUACAAAGACUGAUACAUUAUGGCACAAUCGAAUGUAAUAGACUUUUCUACUAGCAGCAUUGCAAAUGACCCAGGACAAUCCAGAGAAACUUAUGAGAAAGAACGCUAUCCACAUCCAGAGAAAGAACUGUGGGAGCAGAAACACAGAAGAAAAACAUAUGAUUGGUCAUGUAGCUCAAUACUGAUAUGAUUAGGGCUUUUAUAUUAAAAGAUCACUCUACUGCAAAUAUGAAUAACAUGGAAAUAGACUUUUGAACAAUGAUACAUGUCUAACCCAGUGGAAUUGCUUGUCAACUCUGGGAGGGGGGAGGGUAGGGGUGGGGGAUCAUGAACCAUGUAACCAUGGGAAAAUAUUCUAAAUAAAGAAAAAAGAAAGGAAAAAAAGUGUUGUUGUUUUUUAAAAUUCUCAUUGGGCUUAUAUUCAAUCUGCAUUUUCUUUGAGGUUUUGCUUGAAGAUAUUUUUCACAUCGUUGUCUUCUGAGUUUAUGUCUUGUUUCUUUGUCUCAUUAGUGGUUUUUUAUGCUUAGGUUAUUUUUUGUUGUUUGCUCAUUUUUCUGUGACUUUAAAUUUUAUGUUAAAGUUGGGCUCUGUUCAUCUAGGGUGGGGGAAGGUCACUGUCCUAAGUUUCAGGCUUUUUUCCUCCCUGCUGUUUUAGCAGCUAGUUCUAGGGGUCUGUAAGUUUUUCAUGCUUCCAAGGAGGAGUGAUCUGGGGAGAGGUAUAGUCACUGUUCUUUUUGUCUAUGCUCUGGCUCUUACCCAGGUAGAGACCAUGUUCCCUUGCAACCACAAGUGCUAAUGCUCCUCUCUGCCCUCGAAAUGAGACCUGAAACUGGGUCAUGGGCAAUGUAGAUGCCAAAUAACAUUGUUCCCGCACCCAGUGCCAGCACAGGGUUUCCUAUAAUUUUCUGACCAUUUAUCCAAUCCCCCCAUCUCUGUGCAGUCAGAGCUUCUAAAACUGCUGCUGAUGCCUUUGAAGUCCCAGAGCUGGCUUUGCAACUGAACUGCCCUCCUGGCAAGUCCUCACCUAAGUGCUACAAAUUUUUCCUUCUUCUAAACUGUCUUAAACUGGAAAAAAAUAUCUCAACUUGACUUUUUGUUGGCCUUAUCACUCUAGAAUUUGAUUUGAUGUAUUAUUUUAAAGUUGUUUGGAGGUGAAUAUUGGGAGGUUUUCAUUGGAUUGUUCCCUCUACUCUGCCUUAUUCCCAUGAACUGAGUUUAAAGAAAGCCAGGAUUCUAAGAGUUGGAGAUUAGGAGGGACAGCAUUCUUGGGAUGGGGGACAAUUAGUGCAAAAGUCCAGAGAUGGAAGUUCAAUGUGAGGAACAAACAAGUAGGCUGGUAUGGCUAGAACAUGGAGUGCAUGGAAAAGUAGGAAUGGGUCAGACUAUAAAGAGCUUUAAGUGCUAAACAGGUUAGGUAUGAUGGUAGAGGUGUUAAGGAACUACUAGAGCUUAAGCAGCAUUGUCAGAUCUUCACUUUAGAACAAGUCAUCUUGGCAGCUUAAGGAUGGAUUGGAAUAAGGAGAGAUAUGGCAUAGUGAGGCCAUCAUUAGAAAUUUUAUUAUUUCAGGCAAGAGGAAGAUCUGUACUAGGGUCAUGGCCAUGAGUGGAGAGAAAAAAUCUACUGUGGAGAAAGAAAUGAAAGCUCUGGCAAUUCAUUGUCUAUAUUGAGUGAGAGAUGUUGAGGAUGAAACAUAA